AGUGUAACGACACUCGCACUCUCGUUCAGUUCUUGUUACAACUGUCAACCCUACACAACCAAAAUGGAUACUGAUGACGAUCAGAAGAUGGCGAUGCUUCGCAAAGCCUUCCAAAUGUUCGACACCACCAAGUCCGGUUACAUCGAUGUCCUGAAGAUCUCAACCAUCUUGAACACAAUGGGUCAACUUUUUGAUGACUCAGAACUUCAGGCACUCAUCAGUGAAAACGAUCCUGAAGGAUCUGGCAAAAUCAACUUUGAUGGAUUUUGCAAUAUCGCAUCCCACUUCUUAGAAGAGGAAGAUGCUGAAGCUAUGCAACAGGAACUGAAGGAAGCUUUCAGGUUAUAUGACCGUGAGGGUAACGGUUACAUCACCACUUCUACCUUGAAAGAGAUUCUCGCUGCUCUUGAUGACAAACUUAGCAAUGCUGACUUAGACGGUAUCAUCGCUGAAAUUGAUACUGACGGUUCCGGCACCGUCGACUUCGAUGAAUUCAUGGAAAUGAUGACCGGAGAUUAAACAACACUUCAAUUUCAUUGUAGUAUUAUUAUUAGUAUUUUUGUAUUGUAUACAUUAAAAUAAGUCGAUAGACUUCAGUAUUAGUACAAAAGAAUGCGGUAUUAGCAUGAUUGUUAAGUGAUAUUAAAUAAUGUCUAUCUUAUAGAUAGCCAUUUUGUU